GCAUCACUACUCCACAAUUCUCAUGAGCCACUAGUCAGAGUCGAGUUGAUAGAAUAAAAUAAAAUUGUUUUGUGUUAAUUUAAUAUUAUAAUACUAUCACCAUAUUGUCGUUACAAUGCCUUUAAAAAAAAUCGAAAAUAAUAUUCAUCAAACUUACGAUACUUGGAUAAUAAAAAAUUUAAGCAACGCAAUGGCAAACUAUUUAAAGACUCCUGUAACUCGUGAAUUUUUAUCAGAGCUUGAAGGUAAUAUAAUCAAGUGGCGUGUGGUAUUAGAAAAUCGGGAAAAAAAUUCUGGUGAAAUACAGAUACUAUUUUACGCCGUUAAUCAAACAGAGGUAAAAAAAAAUGUUACUUGUAACUUUUACAUUGUUGAUGCAGAUGAAAAUCUUAUUUUUAUUGCACGAAAAAAUAAAAUAAUUGAGGACACUUUCCAUACAGUUUGUGGAAGAUUUUUUACGAAACAUAGUUCUUUUCCAAUUAGAAAAACAGAUAAAACAGCUCCAAAUGAUACAUUAACAUUGCGCAUUGAACUAAUCACUUAUUUGGAUGAUAAUCCUACAUUUCCCUUUGCGUGGGCAGGAUAUCAUGUCGCCAUAGAGGACAACUUACCGCAAACUUUUUUGGAGUUGUAUGAUGAGCACCGUAAAGACAAUGGUGAUAUCAAUAUACAGGUGAAGGAUAUUCAAUUUAAAGUCCAUAGAGUAGUUUUAGAAAGACGAUGUCCUCUGUUGUAUGAAGAUGUUGCUCGUCAUCAACAAACACCUGAAGGUACUGAGUUUAAUAUUAUGGACAUCGAUCCAGAUAUAUUUAAAAGACUAUUAGAAUUUCUCUACACCGGUAAGAUCAAUGAUUUGGAUGAUCAUUCAGAGUAUUUGCUUGAGGCUGCUGAUAGAUAUAAAUUAAAAAGACUGAAACAAUUGUGCGAAAAAUCACUCAUUGACAACUAUCUCACCGCUGAUAAUUAUAUAGAGGUUGGAGAUUUAGCUAUUCGUUGUCACGCCUCUCAAUUAAAAAUGAACGUCCUUAAUUUUAAAAAUUGUGCAUUACCGUGGCCCGAGGACGUAAUUGUUCUAAACGAUACUUCGGUUGUAACAUUCCACUGUGGCGUGCCAGAGUGGUUUUGGAAAUCAAAAAAGGUUUAGAGCAACCUGCAACUUAUAUGAGCAACCUGUAACUUAUAUGCUCCUAGAAGUGAUACAUGAGAUCAAUUAUAUACAGUACAGUUCGAUUUUGUGUAAGGCUCUAGUGAUCGAUAAAUUCACAUUUUACCGAUUACUAGAUCCUCAUUCCACGCCUAACGAUCAAAGACCUUAUAAUUUAUUAGAACUCGACGCGUGGCUAAGUGGUUACCCGACCAAGUAGCAAUCCUGCUCGAUGCUACUUAUCUUUAGUAAUCGCCCAAGCCACGCGGGUGCCGAACAACUACCUCAGUCGCUUACUGUAUUAUUAUUAUUAUUACUAUCAUUGUCUUGAGUUGUCAAAGAAAUAAUUAAAUAAACAAUAAAAUUAUUAUGAUUAUAUAAUA